GCCACUGACCCUCCCCCGAUGGUCUGAAGGGCCCCCGGCCGCGGCCUUCCCCGCAGUCCGGCGCCAUGAACCUGCUCCCGGCGAACCCGCACGGGAAUGGGCUGCUUUUCGCCGGCUUCAACCAGGACCACGGGUGUUUUGCAUGUGGGAUGGAAAAUGGAUUUAGAGUAUUUAAUGCAGAUCCACUCAAAGAGAAGGAGAAACAAGAAUUUCUUGAAGGAGGAGUUGGCCAUGUUGAAAUGUUGUUUCGCUGCAAUUAUUUAGCUUUGGUCGGUGGAGGAAAAAAGCCCAAAUAUCCACCUAAUAAAGUGAUGAUCUGGGAUGAUCUGAAAAAGAAGACUGUUAUUGAAAUAGAGUUUUCCACCGAAGUCAAAGCAGUUAAGCUGCGAAGAGACAGAAUUGUGGUAGUUUUGGACUCUAUGAUUAAAGUUUUCACAUUCACACACAAUCCUCACCAGUUGCAUGUCUUUGAAACGUGCUACAACCCUAAAGGUCUCUGCGUCCUGUGCCCAAACAGUAAUAAUUCCCUACUCGCAUUCCCUGGAACACAUACUGGACAUGUGCAGAUAGUGGACCUGGCAAAUACAGAAAAACCUCCAGUAGAUAUACCUGCUCAUGAAGGAGUCUUGAGUUGCAUAGCUCUAAACCUGCAGGGAACAAGAAUUGCCACAGCAUCAGAAAAAGGGACCCUAAUAAGAAUAUUUGACACUUCAUCUGGGCAUUUAAUCCAGGAGCUACGCAGAGGAUCUCAGGCUGCCAAUAUCUACUGCAUUAACUUCAACCAAGAUGCUUCUCUCAUCUGUGUGUCAAGCGACCAUGCUACAGUGCACAUCUUUGCUGCAGAGGAUCCCAAAAGGAAUAAGCAGUCGAGUUUAGCAUCAGCCAGCUUCCUGCCCAAAUACUUCAGUUCCAAAUGGAGUUUUUCCAAAUUUCAGGUUCCCUCAGGCUCUCCCUGCAUCUGUGCCUUUGGAACAGAGCCAAAUUCUGUCCUAGCAAUCUGUGCAGAUGGCAGCUACUACAAAUUUUUAUUCAAUCAAAAAGGGGAAUGCUCCAGGGAUGUCUAUGCUCAGUUCUUAGAAAUGACUGAUGACAAACUUUGACUGAACUGAGAGAAGCUUGUAGUGGGGAAGAAUGCCUGGCUCCCCUCCUGAUUAUUCUCCCUCUCCUGAAGAGAGCCUCUGACUACCCAGCAGUCGACAGUGCUGCUCAAGAUGGGACCGAUGAUCUUAAGAAGCCCAAGCCAAUACGAUCGGAGCAAGCUGCAAGGCAGAGGACUAAUACGUUAACUUUCAACAACUGGUUUUAAAUGUUAGUUUUGGCUGCUGCUGUUCCUUCAAUUUUCUUAAAGUUUCAAUAGCCUGUGCCUAUUGGGUUUCUCUCUGUAGUUAAUGUGUGAAGCUUAGUACCUGCCACACCAUAAGGCUGAUGGAGAGGGAGUUUAUUAAAGUUUUUAGCAGAUAAUGGAUUCCUCCAAACAGAAAUGAAAAUUGGACUUCUAGUACUAUGGUUGGGGGUGGGUGGGCAUGGCAUACCAGACAAGUUGGAAUAUUUAUACCAGCAGCUUCUCUGCCUUCACAAAUGUCUUGUUUUCUCCUAAUACACAGAAAGGAAUCAUAGCAAGUUGGCUCCGAGUUGCACUUGCUCAGGAAUAGAUAGAAUGCUCAAGUCUUUGUUUCCGUACUGCUGUGAAUAGGUAUUAACUUGUUAAUGUCAUUUGUCAAGAGGUGCCAAAAUAAAUAUCCCAUAGCAAACAGCAUUAUAUACUGUUCACCCAAAUAACCAUUCUGUAGGGCAGGAAGAAAAUGGCAUAGGACAAUGUUGAGGGGUUGUGAAGUUGAUAACGUUGUUUAGGUAUUGGAAGUAAUCAUUCCACACAGUUGAAAUCUUGUUCCAUUAAUGUUGGCACUUACGUUGUGCAAGGAAAGGCUGACAACCAGUCUGAGAUGGGUAACUGGUAGUUUUCUGUACUUGUAUAAGGUCCCAAGAUGUCCUUUACUAUCCUACAAGCUUACUGUGUAUUCAAAGCAAAGUAAGCAGCUGCCUGUUUUAACUAAAGUGAUCAAAGUGGUGACACAACUAUAUUUCAAGUAUGAAAUGAAGUAUGUGGACUCUUAAUUUGAAAUUACCACCUUCGCCUCUUUAAAGCACAACUUUACUUAUUUGUUCCCUUAUUUCACACAUCCUUAAAAAUUAAUUGAAAUCUUAGUUCACCAAGUUGUAAGGUAUCGGAAUUUGUCAUUUAACUAAAACCUAUAUUCAAACGUCAGUUUGCAUGUUGCUUUUAAAUGUGUAUUUAAUCAUGGAAAUUGUUUUGCACAUCUUUUGUAAUAUUCUUCAAUUAAAGUGACUAAUUUACUGUA